UACAAUUUGUGAUUCGUAAGUUUGCCGCUAAAAUGCAAAUGUAGGGCGCUUUGAAGAGGAAUACCCAUCUAUACUAAACUUCUAACUUUGCCUCCAUUUAUGUUCUUUCCUGUUCGAGACUUGGAUGGUGAGAAACGAACUUCGAGUUUAUUUUUUUUAAAAUUCGAAUUUUUGAUGAGUAUAUAAAUUAAAAUUUAAUUUUGAGUGAAUAUCGAGAAUUAAAACAAAGAAAGAUGUUGGUUCUCUUUGAAACUCCAGCGGGAUACGCAAUAUUUAAGUUACUAAAUAAAAAGAUAUUGUCGCGUACUGAUGAUUUGUUUCUUGAAUUUCAAACACCCGAAGCAGCAAAUAAAAUUGUUAAACUGAAACAUUUUGAAAAGUUUGAAAAUACUACAGAAGCUCUCGCUGCUACAACAGCAGCAAUAGAUGGAAAAUUAUCUAAAAAUUUGAAAAAACUUCUGAAGAAACACUUUUCAGAAUGUCAAGAGGAAUUGGCAGUUGCUGAUGCCAAAUUAGGAGUUGCUAUAAAAGAAAAACUUAAGUUAUCAUGUGUAAAUAAUACAGCGAUACAAGAAUUAAUGAGAUGUAUUCGAAGUCAAGUCGAUGGUUUGUUAGGUGGUUUGCCUAAGAAAGAAAUGGCAGCAAUGGCCUUGGGUUUAGCACAUAGUCUAUCAAGGUAUAAAUUGAAAUUUUCCCCCGAUAAAAUUGAUACCAUGAUAGUGCAGGCUGUUUGUCUAUUAGAUGAUAUAGAUAAAGAAUUAAAUAACUAUGUAAUGCGUUGCCGUGAAUGGUAUAGUUGGCACUUCCCAGAACUUAAUAAGAUUAUAACAGACAAUAUUGCAUUCGUAAAAUGUAUUAAAGUAAUUGGAACUCGAGAAAAUACCAUAAAUGUAGAUCUGUCUGAUGUUUUACCUGAGGAUAUUGAAGAAAAAGUUAAAGAAGCUGCAGAGAUAUCAAUGGGAACUGAAAUUUCAGAAGAUGAUAUUUCACAUAUCCAACUGUUAUGCGAUGAAAUAGUACAACUUUCACAGUUUAGAGGAGAUUUAUAUAAUUACCUUAAAACCAGAAUGAUGGCAAUGGCACCUAAUUUAACUACGUUAGUUGGAGAUCUAGUGGGCGCACGUCUAAUUUCUCGUUCAGGCUCUCUUAUGAAUCUGGCUAAACAACCAGCUUCGACUUUACAAAUUCUUGGUGCAGAAAAAGCACUUUUUAGAGCAUUAAAAACCAAAAAAGAUACUCCAAAAUAUGGUUUAAUCUAUCAUGCACAGCUGGUAGGACAAUGUUCUACUCAAAAUAAAGGAAAAAUGUCGAGAAUGCUUGCAGCAAAAGCAUCGUUAGGAGCAAGAGUCGAUGCUUUAGGAGAUGAUAUAAAUUAUGAUUUUGGUGCUGAGCAUAAAGCUAAAUUGGAAGCCAGAUUGAGAGUAUUAGAAGAAAGAAAGUUACAUAGAAUUUCUGGAACUGGUAAAAGUAAAGCUAAGUUCGAAAAAUAUCAUUUUAAGAGUGAAACUAUACAUUAUCCAGUAUCUGCAGACACAACACUUACUGCAAAGAGAAAACAUUCUCAAAUAGAUGAUACACUAGAAAAAGAUGGAGAAAAUGAAGCGAAUGUAAUUCAAGAAGCUCCUAAAAAGAAAAUGAAACAAGACAUUGCUGAGGAAGGAUCGUCACAAACAGAAAAUAUAGUUGGAAAUGAGGGCGAGCAAGAAGUUCCAUCCAAGAAAAAGAACAAAAAGAAGAAGCGAGAAGAAGCUACAACAGAUGAUGUUGCAGUAGUGAGUGAACAGCAGGAUGAAAGUAUUGAACCUAAGAAGAAAAAGAAAAAGAAGAAGGAGAAGCAUGCUACUGAGACACAGGAGGAGACUUCUGUUCCAACAGAAACAGCUGAAGAUGUAGCACUAGUUUUGACGGAGAAGAAAAAGAAGAAGAAAAAGAAAGUACAAGAAACUGAAUAACUUUAAUUGAAAGUUUUUGAAGAAUCAGGAUACUAUUAUCAUCGGUGGAUUGACUUUAUAAUAAAUUUCAAGAGUGAUCCUAGAGAUAUUCAAAAAUUCAUAAAUUCUCCGAAAACAGUUUAGAAGUCUUCUCAGUUUUUUUCCAGGUAUGCAAAGAUAAAUAAAUGACGAGUUUGUUAAUAACUUUGUCUACUUCUUUGUAUCUUUUACUUAUUUUUUUAUAGAAAUAUAUAACUUAUAAAAUAACAAAUAUCUUUUCAUAGCUUUUUAAAAUAUCAUUUAAUAAUUUUUCAUAAAUUCGUUUCAAUUAUAUAUAUUCAGUGCAUUAUAUAAAUACGUAGGUUUAAUUAUUUUUACUUAUCAUAUAUUAAAUACCUAAUAAAAUCAUUAAGCAGUUAAUUGAUCUUUACAUAUACCGCAUUCAAAGUGUUGAAAGUAUCAUUACAAUGCAAAUAAGAGUUUGAUUUUACUUUAUAAGUCAUAAAUAUAUCGCUGAAAAAAUUUGUUAACUUUUAUAUGUUGAAUAACAAAGCAACAUUAUGUACAUAUAUUUCUUAUUUGAAUAUUUUAAGAAUAAUCGAUUCUAAGUGUAAUGUACAGAAUAAAAUACAUAAUAAA